CCUUGGUGGUUCUGCCAUGCUUGCUGUUCCCAGCAGAGCUGCUAGGCUGCCAGUUGGGGUAUAACUUUGUAGGAUUAGUCUCUGCAUUUAAUAUGUCAUUUUGUUUUGUGUGUGUUUCUGUUCAACAUAAAGGUACUUAGGGCAUAUGUAGACUCCACAGGCUGAGGCACCGGACCAGCAGGUGUGAGCACUGGGUCCCUUCCCUCUAUACGUGUUUGUGCUGUGGGGGACACCGAGAACUUACUGAACUUCAAACUUUUGAUCUCCUUUCUUCUUGAAAACUUGAGAUAAUGUAUACAGUCCUCUGCAUAUAAGAACAAAGAAUGAGUGUAUUUUUAUCUCCAAAAUAAUAUUUGAAAGGAAGUCAAGUGUGUAGUUGAAAAGCCUUUGACAUUCACAUGGCUCAUUUCACAAAAAUAUAAUUCUUUGAACUUAAUUUAUCAUUGGUUACCAAGCUUGGUUAUAUUUUUACUUUUUCUAGGAAUUGAACAGCAGGGAGAAGAUGUACUAAAGUAUAAAAGAGCUUCAUGGAUCAGAUUGCUAAUAAGUACAUGGAAGAUCUGAAGAGCUGAAGAAAAAAAAAAUUCACUAUUAAACUUGUUUUUUAAAAUAUCGAGGUUGGAAUUUGCCCUUGACAAAUAACAAGAUGAUGAGUGAUGCAAGUGACAUGUUGGCUGCAGCACUGGAGCAGAUGGAUGGGAUUAUAGCAGGUUCUAAGGCCCUGGAAUAUUCCAAUGGGAUUUUCGAUUGCCAGUCCCCCACCUCCCCAUUCAUGGGAAGCUUGCGAGCCCUGCACCUCGUGGAAGACCUGCGCGGGUUGCUGGAGAUGAUGGAAGCGGAUGAGAAGGAAGGCUUGAGGUGUCAGAUCCCAGACUCCACGGCAGAAACGCUCAUUGAGUGGCUCCAGAGUCAGAUGACGAAUGGACACCUCCCUGGGAACGGAGAUGUGUAUCAAGAAAGACUGGCCCGUUUAGAAAAUGAUAAAGAAUCCCUCGUUCUUCAGGUGAGUGUGCUGACAGACCAAGUGGAGGCUCAAGGAGAGAAGAUUCGCGAUCUGGAGUUCUGCCUUGAAGAGCACAGAGAGAAGUUGAAUGCCACAGAGGAAAUGCUGCAGCAGGAGCUUCUGAGUAGGACAUCUUUAGAAACUCAGAAGUUGGACCUGAUGGCUGAAAUAUCUAACUUAAAGUUAAAACUGACAGCUGUAGAGAAGGACAGAUUGGAUUAUGAAGAUAGAUUCAGAGACACGGAGGGCCUAAUGCAGGAGAUCAAUGAUUUGAGGUUAAGAGUCAGUGAAAUGGAAAAUGAAAGACUUCAGUAUGAGAAAAAGCUGAAAUCUACCAAGGAGGAGCUGGCAUCUCUGAAAGAACAACUGGAAGAGAAGGAAUCUGAAGUGAGAAGACUACAAGAAAAAUUGGUUUGCCAGAUGAAAGGAGAAGGGGUUGAAAUUCUUGAUCGAGAUGAAAAUUUUAAAAAGAAGCUCAAAGACAAAAAUAUUGAAGUACAAAAAAUGAAAAAGGCCGUGGAGUCUUUGAUGGCAGCAAAUGAAGAAAAGGAUCGGAAAAUAGAAGAUCUUCGACAGUGCCUGAACAGGUACAAGAAAAUGCAAGAAACAGUGGUUUUGGCUCCAGGUAAAAAAGGCCAAGAUGGCGACUUGGAAGACCUGCUUCCGUCCAGCUCCUUCUCCACUCUGCUGGACCCGCAGGUCUUUAGUGAUCUGGAGAAAAACCUGUCGCUGACGCCAGUAAGGGGCUCUCCCAGUCAUGACCCAUUUAACACAAGUGCUCCAGAAGAGUUCAACACAAGCAUCUUGCAAGUUUCAAUCCCUUCAUUAUUGCCAGCAUCUAAAGGCUUGGAAACUUCUGAAAAAGCAAAAUUGCCUUCUAAGCCAGAGACUCCAUUUGAGGAGAGUGAUGGAAUUGGUUCUGCUGCUGAAGCUCAACUGUGUGAUAGUCUUGCAACUUCAAGUUUGCAGAAAUCCAGCAGCCUGGGCAAUCUGAAGAAAGAGUCAUCAGAUGGGGAAAAGGAGUCUAUUCCAAAGCCUUCAGAAGAUAAAGCUCCGGUAGAGAGCAGUCCCUUUGGGACCCUCCCUCCCAAAGCUCCAGGACAUGAUGCCUCCGGGGAUGACAAUCCCUUUGGCACUCGGAAAGCCAGAUCUUCCUUUGGUCGUGGUUUUUUUAAAAUUAAAAGUAACAAGAGGACAGCAAGCGCGCCAAACUUGGAUCGUAAACGAAGUGCCAGUGCACCCACCUUAGCUGAAACGGAAAAGGAGGCACCCGAGCAUUUAGAUCUGGCUGGUGUAUCUUCUCGGCCGAAAAAUUCACAGGGAGGUAGUCCCUUCCAGAUGUCUCCACCAUCUCCAGAUUCCAAGAAGAAAUCCCGGGGUAUUAUGAGACUCUUCGGAAAACUUAGGAGAAGUCAGUCCACUACAUUCAACCCAGAUGACAUGUCUGAGUCUGAAUUCAAAAGAGGAGGGACAAGGGCAACUGCGGGGCCCCGAUUGGGUUGGUCUCGUGAUUUGGGACAGUCUAACAGUGACUUGGAUAUGCCAUUUGCCAAGUGGACCAAGGAUCAGGUUUGCAGUUGGCUGGUGGAACAGGGUUUGGGGUCCUACCUGAAUUCUGGCAAGCACUGGAUUGCAUCUGGCCAAACACUUUUGCAGGCUUCUCAACAAGACCUAGAGAAGGAGCUUGGAAUCAAGCAUUCCCUUCAUCGAAAGAAACUCCAACUGGCACUGCAAGCCCUGGGAUCUGAAGAAGAAACCAAUCAUGGAAAGCUGGAUUUCAACUGGGUCACUAGAUGGUUGGAUGAUAUUGGCCUCCCCCAGUACAAGACCCAGUUUGAUGAAGGACGGGUAGAUGGUCGAAUGCUUCAUUACAUGACUGUUGAUGACUUACUGUCUUUGAAGGUCGUGAGUGUGCUCCACCAUCUCAGUAUCAAAAGGGCCAUCCAGGUCCUAAGGAUCAAUAACUUUGAGCCAAACUGUCUACGGAGGCGACCCUCUGACGAGAACAGCAUCACCCCAUCAGAAGUUCAGCAGUGGACCAAUCAUCGAGUGAUGGAGUGGCUGCGCUCUGUGGACCUGGCGGAAUAUGCCCCCAAUCUCAGAGGCAGUGGUGUCCAUGGUGGGCUCAUGGUUCUAGAACCUCGUUUUAAUGUAGAAACAAUGGCUCAGUUACUGAACAUCCCACCAAGUAAGACCCUGUUGCGAAGACAUCUGGCCACUCACUUCAACCUUCUGAUCGGUGUGGAGGCCCAGCACCAGAAGCGGGACGCCAUGGAGUUACCAGAUUACGUGCUUCUAACUGCGACCGCCAAAGUGAAGCCAAAGAAGCUUACCUUCAGCAAUUUUGGGAACCUGAGAAAGAAGAAACAGGAAGAUGGGGAGGAAUAUGUUUGUCCGAUGGAGUUGGGACAGGCAUCAGGAGGGACAUCUAAGAAAGGAUUUAAGCCUGGUUUGGAUGUACGCCUAUAUGAUGAGGAUGACCUGGACCGAUUAGAGCAGAUGGAAGACUCAGAAGGGACAGUGAGACAGAUAGGUGCAUUCUCGGAGGGCAUCAACAACCUAACUCACAUGUUAAAGGAAGAUGACAUGUUUAAAGAUUUCGCUGCCCGUUCCCCCAGUGCCAGCAUCACUGAUGAAGACUCAAACGUCUGACCAUAGCACCUGGAUGAGAGCAGGGAGCCCUUCAUCUUUGUUCCACUUUAUCCCUCGGACACUCACAGUAUCUACAGCAAGCCACAGACUGUGUAUUGUUUAUCAUUCCCACUUCUCAUGUGGAAGUGGAGAUGGAAAGCCAGGGAAUAGGUGCUGACUCUAAAGUUGCCAUGACAAUUGAGACACUGGUGAAUGAGAUUAUAAUUGUUUCUCUUCUAUUUAAUGUAAAAAAAAAUCUGUGAUAUAUUAUAUUUAAAGUGUUGCAUUUAAUAUGAGUAUUUUACCAUAGUCUUUCCAUCCACACUCACACCAUGGAGGAUUUGGGAAGCAGUGACCAGUAUGUGAAUGAGUUUUGUCUCGUUGAUGUGACACCACUGCGGCCCUCGAAGCAGGAUGUUACAUGCUUUCGAAAUCAAAUUGUGGGAUUUCUUAGGCGUUCCGUGUGCCCACUAUAUGCCAGCCACACCUCCACUUGCCUCUCAUUGUCCUAUUUUUUAUAUAUUUUUCUAAAUAUAUGUAUAUACUUAGUACAUAGAAAAUAGAACUUUUAUUUUGUAACAUAAGGAAGAUGGUAAAAAGAUCACGUUAAAAAAAUACAGUGACAAAAUUUUCAUAUACCAGCUGUUUCUUGGAGAGGUUCAGAUGAUCUUUCUUUUCCCCAAACUGAAUUCUAAUCAUGUUGAUCAUUCAGACUAAAUUAACAUAUGUGAAAUACCCCUUCUUUGAUGACACCUCACAAAAUUGUUGAAAAGCUUUUUAAGAAUUUCAACCUUAGUCUUGGAUCCUCUUAACUCAUAACGAAGAAUCUGAGGGACAUUUUAAGUGCUAGUAACCUGAGUGCAUUCAAGAAACUCCCCCAAAAUUUGUGGAAAUAAUUCCUGAAGAAACCAAAACAAAACCCUUUACAGUAUUAAGCUUCUUAUCUUCCGAUCUUUGCUAAACAUAUCAUUGCAUCAAAAUACUAACAGUCUGCCUAAUGUUAUUAAUUGCACACUUCUCAGACUAUCAGCAAAUGGAUUUUUUUUUAAAAGCUGAAUACUUGUCUGAACAUUUUAUCUCAGAUUUCAGUAACUCAAAGACUGCAAAAUUAGUUUCAUAAUAGCUAUAGUGUGAUGAUAAAAUGCAGUUCAUGUUUUUCUGUAGCACAGGGCCCAAGUAUUUUUUUCCAAAUAUUCUUUAUCAAGAAAAUCGAAAGCUGCAAUAAAAACUGUUAUUAUUUUUUAUUAUUUUCUAGAGGUAUCAGAAAAAUAUCCAAUUUUUUGUUCACUACUGUGUCAUUACUUAUGAUAGUCCGUGGUGGUAAAGACAGGUUUUGAAAAAUUAACGUAGGGUGGGCAGUUCAAUAUAUGUCUGAAGACUUGCCUAAUAAACUAUAUUUGAAUGUCAGUGGUAUGACCUUUCAAGUUAGCAAGUUUCCAAGUUUCUUAUCAAGGAACCCUGUGAUACUAAAUUACUAUUUAUUCAUAAUUAAAAUGACUCAAUGCUAAUAAUAGUUUUGCUCCCUGUUAUGCACUAUUUGGUAACUGUAUUGGACUCUUUCUGUAUUUGUGUUUUAUUUUAAUGUGAACAUAAUGUCACCAUUUGAAAAACCAUUUGUUAUUCAAUCCUGGUUAAAAAUACCAGGAGACUGUUACAGAUGCCAAAUAUUCGUUAUUCAGGACAGUGUAACAUCACUGAUGAUAUGUGAUAAGGUUAAAUUUUUUUGAUGAUAUAUAUUCUUUUUACAAGAUAUUUACACUGCUGGUAUUACCAUAUGAAAAGAAAUAAAGUCAAUUGAUAACUGCCUCAUA